AUGACGAGGAAGGACAAGGGAAAGGCCGUCGUCGAAGGAGUCGCCGGAGACAAGGAUGUAGUUGAGGGUUUUGGUCCACGACAUGCUAGAUCACGCGGUAUUAACGCGUCAAUUAGGAGAGAUAGGGGGAUUAGUAUACGGGAAGGUAGUUCAGUACCAGAGCGCGACAGGGUAGUGGAUGAUUAUGGGACUCCGGGUUCGGGUUCGAGUUCGAGGUACGAGGAUGAUGGACCUGAGGAUGAUGUAGAUGAGGGUCAGGCUGAUGCUGAGGAGCAGCCGCCUGUCGUGACGAGAGGUCCUGAUGGGAGAUUUACGAGUUCCCGACCACCUCGAUCUGCAGCGACUUGGCUUGUUCAGGGGCCGAUGGACGGUGGGCCCGAGGAUAGGAGCGUUAUUCCUAGUUUUGGGGCCCAUGUUGCUCGGUAUAUUUGGGAUGGGGAAGAUCAACGUUUUUUGCGGUGUCAUACUAGAGCUAGUGUGUGUAGAGAUUUGACUGAUUGGCUAGAGCGAUUUACACCUGCCACCACUACGCGGAUACGGCAGACUGGGCUGUCGCACCUGCCUAGCAUUAUGCACGACCACCUUGAUUUUCCGCUGAUUUUUGCCUUUGUUGAGAGAUGGCAGCCAGACACGAACACAUUCCACCUACCUUUUGGUGAGAUGACCAUCAUGUUACACGAAGUACACCACAUACUUGGUAUUUGGGUUGAUGGGGAUAUGGUUGUCGAUGAUCUCCCUAGUGACCUGUAUAGGACAUUGGUAGGUGGGUUGUUACAGUUGACUCCGGAGGAGCUACAGGUCAAGACUCAGAAUGCCAUCUACAAGAACGGUGGCGUCCAUACUGACCAGAUUAUUGCUAGGUGUCGUAGUGAGGAGCAGCUGGAGGCGGUUCAGGCCAUUGGUUACAUGUGGGUCCUUUUGGGUAACACGCUCUUUACUGACAAGAGCGGUAUCCGUACUCACCCUUCUUUUCUCAGUGAGUUGUGUAUCGAGGAUAACCUGGAGAGGUUGACGAGAUACUCCUGGGGUUCAGCCACACUAGCGUACUUGUAUCGUCAGCUCGGGCAUGCCACCCGAAAUGGAUGUGAGUCUAUCGCGGGUUGUCUGACUCUUCUACAGGCUUGGAUAUACGAGUACUUUCCAUGUUUUCAGCCUCACCAGGGUGUGUUGACACGGGACGUCCCUCAUGCUCGUGCAGGGUUAUGGGAUGUUGGUAUGACGCGGAAGCAUCAGCAGCGUCUCGUGUCCUUUCGUACUCGACUUGACCAGCUGGGUGACUAUGAGGUAUAA